CCGCCCAUAAACACCACAGAGGCAGAGGCAGAAGAAGAAGAAGAAGUUGUCCUGUUGUAGUGUUGCUGUAAUAGUCGCACUUUGUCCUUUUCUAUAGGCUAAACGAUGUAACGUGUAUCUAAUGUAUGCACUUAUUGUUGAUUGUAGGAUCUGCGUGUUGACAAACUGGCAACAUUCAUGGAUAUCUUCGCAGCCAGCUAGCCAGCAUUAGCUCUACAGGCUACUCUCAGUGCUAACAGCAGAUAACAGUAGAGUGUUGUUAUCCAGCAGCUCCGAUGCCUCAGGAGGGAGAGCAGUCUCUUCCUCUGGUCCGCUCUCUGAACAGCCAGAUACCAGUCAGUGCUCUGUUCCGUAACCUCAGCCCCCGGGUGGUGCGACCACUAUGGAUAGAUUACCGAGGAGAACCGAGGGCUUACGUGGAUCUACAGCCAGGAACGGGACGAGAGAUGGCCACGUUCAUCGGUCACCCAUGGAUGUUCAGAGAUGCAGAGACUGAUGAGCCACUGAGGGUGAACGGCAAAGAACUGUUUCUUCCUAAACCAGCAGAGGGUAGAAAUGCUGAUAUCACAUUACCAGUUUUCAGCCUCAAGGAUCGUGCUCUUCAGAUUAUUCGGCGUCUGGUACGAGCAGAAGACUACAGGAGGUUGGAAAUAGCACGGUGUCUCCACGAGGAGCUGGAAGAUCCACCCAGUAUACUGAAAGAUCUCCAGCGCAUGAACCAGCGAGUAGAGCAGCAUCUGCUGGAGAGGAUCCAAUGCCAGGAGGAAUGAGGCGUGAAACUGGAUGGAUGAUAGACAGCAAUAUUGUACUCCACCACAUUAUUAGAAAGCAAAGAAGCCAGAAUUCAUGAAGAAUAAGAUAAAACGUUGGAGUUAUGUCUUGGGCGAGUGAGCAGCUGUUGCAAAGACUUAUCUAGGUCUUACAUUUGUUGCAAAGGAGUUUGAUCUGCUGACUGUUAUAUUCACUCAUUGGCUUUGGCAAAUGUCUUCCUCUGCAGAAAAAAUACCAUAUGUACCAUUUACCUUUUAGGAAGAGGAGUUUUUAUAUAAUAUAACGGCAGCAUCGUCAAGUAAAUAGCGUUGUUUGUCCUCUAAAAUGGUAUUUAUGGAUUUCAAUGUUUAUUCCUAAAAGGCCACUAGAGAAAUGGGGAUGUUUUAGCCAUUGAUGCCUGAUUAUGUUACUCUCUACUAUAUUUUGCCAUAUAGCCAGGUUCUGUCAUAAGUAAACUCCCUCAAAAAAUCCUUUUCCAUCAUAUGCACAAGACAGAACUUACAGUACAAGAAUGUUUUUGUCUUGCAUACAGUGUUAUGAUUGAUCUUCUGUCAUAAAUAUCACAAUUUAUAAAGGACAGUCACAUUAGAGAGGAAUCUCAGAGUAUGGUAUGUGUUGUUAGUAUUCUUAUUGGGAAUGCCUGAGAUAAGGUGAUCUUAACAAAUCCAGUUUACUGCACUUCUCCCAUCAAAACACUUCUUACCUUGUUAUCCUACUGUAGCUGUUAAGCUCAGCAGUUUAACCAUGACGGAGCUGUUUAGCAAUCAUCACAAAGCUUUUUGCACUUUAAAGGUGCUCUAUAUGAUAUCCAGAGCAUUAAUAUCGCAGCAAACUACUAUUUGCUAUGUAAAGAUAUAGUGGAAUAAUGUCUACCUGAGCAGAGAAUGAAGUCACUCUCCCGCUGUGCAUGCUUUUAAUCUGUGUCUGCAUGUGAGAACACAGAUUAAAAGCCUGUGAGCAUGCCCCACUGGCUAGCUCACGGUCGCCGUUCUACCCCUCAUACGGCGGUUACAGCUGAUAACGCUGUCCUGACCGGCGGUGCCGUCGUGGAAGCAUAGCACACACCCUCUGGUCUCCCCCAGGUUAACAUCGUUAGCUCUGUCCGCACCGUUGCCUUUGUUUUCACUGUUAGCACUGUUAGCUAUGAGCCGCCGGCUCAGCUGUCGCCAUGUUGAGAGCCGUGCGGAGGCAAUAGAAAUGCUCCCAAUCUCCUAUUUAGCACCUUUAAAUUUGGAAAAAGAUGGAGUGAUUAUGGGUGUAUUUUUCCAAAAUGGUCUUUUCUGGUAAAUGUGGACUUUGUGUCAGAAUAUACCUACACCCAUAAAUGGGCAGAGUCUCUUCUUAAACCUUGUCUUGCAGCUGAUUUCCUUUAGGAAAAACAAAAUAAUUAACCUUGUCUUUACAUUUCUUAAGACCAGGCUGUGAAACACUGUGACUGAGGAGUUUAUGCUUCUAUGGUUUUUGUCUACUUUGUAAUUCUUUGCCUAUUUUGUUCUUCUGCUACUGUAUCUCAAAGACCUUCAUUGUUUAUUUGUGUAAUAAAUAAAUAAAAGAUAUAUUUCUUACUGGUUGAAAGCUG